AUGAAGGCUGUUGCGAGAAGUUACCUGUGGUGGCCAGGAAUGGACAACAAUCUGGAAGAAACUGUGCGAGCAUGUGAAAGAUGUCAACAACACUCGCGCAGUCUAUGCAGGACCGUUCAUCGGAGAACGCUUCUUGUCAUUGCUGAUGCGUUUUCGAAGUGGUUGGACGUAUAUGCAACCCAGUCUGCUACCACAGAAGUUGUGAUCGAGAAACUAACGACGUCAUUUGCAAUUCAUGGGAUUCCCGAAAGGUUGCAUUUGGUAUUGGCCAAUGGCACGUGCUUUAUGAGUAGUGAAUUUCGUACGUUUUGCAAGAGUCAAGAAAUAAUCCAUACAAAAUCAGCACCUUAUCAUCCGUCAUCUAACGGACUAGCCAAACGGGUAGCACGAACCCUCAAGGAUGGACUAAGGAAGCUGGCAACAGGAAGCUUGAAUGAAAAGUGCAGACAUUUUUGUUGGCAUACCGCAAUACGCCGCACGCCACCACAGGCUCAACGCCAGCAGAGCUACUUUUGGGAAGGAGACCAUGCAUCAGACUCACCGUCAUCAGACCCCCCAUGA